AUGGAGACGGUGUCGCCGCCGGGGUCGAUAUGGAGGUCCGAGGCUCUGGCGCUGUGGGCGCUAGUCUUACCUAUCGUAGUGCAGAUGGGAAGCCAGCAGUUCAUGGUAGCUACGGACCUCCUUUUCCUCGGCCACCUUGGUAGGAGUGAGCUUGCAGUAGGCAGCCUGUGCACGACGAUAUUCAACUUGUUGUGGUUCGGCGUCGCCGGAUUCGGCACGGGUUUCGAUACACUGGGUUCUCAGGCGCAGGGCGCAGCGGACUUUGCAGCGGUGCGGCAGUGGGCAUUCCUCGCCGCCGCUUUCCUCACCGCGUGUUGCGUCCCGGCGGCCAUCGUCCUCUCAUGUGGCGAGAGCAUCGCGCGAACAAUCCUAAGCCAGGAUGAGUACACAUCAGAACGGGUCGGCAGGUUCUGUACCUUGCUAAUCGUCGGUCUGUUCGCCGCGGCGUGGACCCUCGUCAUGCAGAAGUUCCUGCAAGUCCGCGGGGUGGUCAAACCAGUGGCUUGGACGAGCUUCGCAACCUUCUUGCUUAACAUCGCGCUCAACGUGCUCUUCAUCAGGAUAAUGAAUCUCGGAUUGAAUGGUUCGGCACUGGCUACGACGACAUCCAGGGUCGUCAACUUGAUCCUCGUCGCUGCGUACUUGCGCUUUUCGGACCAGUGGAGCGCCGGUGCGCUGACCGAAGUCUGGCGUACCACCACGCCAUGCAUGUGCAAGAGGAUGUUUGAGCUUGGCAGCCGUGGGGCUGUCAUGGUCGCUGCGGAGGCGUCAUCGUUCGAUGUCACCGUGGUGUUCGCGUCGCAAAUCUCGCAGGUGGCGAUGAAUGCACAUAUGGCCAUGCUGAAUAUCACCGGUCUGACUUUCAUGACCGGUCCAAUGGCGUUCGGUAUUGCCGCGAACGUGCGGGUUGGUAAUCUCCUCGGUGCAGGAUCUGGAUUCAGGGCGAAGGUGGCAUCACGGGUGAGCGUGGCACUCGGUGUGACUUGGAUGGCGUGCAUGGCAGCGCUCAUCCUCAUCUUCAGGAGGCAGACUGGCGAAGUUUUCGUCGGUGAUAAAGACAACGAGAUGGUUAUGCUUGCGGCAAAAAUUGCACCGAUAGCCGCGGUAUUUCAGGUGUUUGACGGCCUGCUCGGCACCAGUAAUGGCGUCCUUCGCGCGUGUGGUCGUCAGGCGCUGCUUGCGUGGAUGAAUAUAAUCGCACUUUGGCUUGUCGGUGUGCUCUCUGGUUACGUUAUAACUUUCCUUCUGAAAGCGGGCGUUAUCGGAUUGUGGUAUGGACUUGCCCUCGGAGUUACUGUCGGCGGUGUGGUACUGUUUCUGAUAGUCACAAGGUUGGACUGGGACGUAGAGGUGGCCUCUGCCGCAGCUGCUGCGCUGACCCAUGGCAUUGGUGGAUCAUCUGCGUCGCUAGCGAGUGUUCGGUACGAAGUGCUGGAGGAGGAUUCUGACUCUCCUUCUUCUACAGGGAGCGGUGAAGUGGAGAUGAUUGGCGAAUUGCGGCGCAAGGACAAUGCAAGGAAGUCCCGCGACGCAAUGCGAGCAACAUAG